GUCAAUUCGCCCCACCUUUUCUUUACUGCUUCCUUCCUGCAGCUCGGCUUUCUCUCUUUGUUCGUGGGACGUCACCAGCUUGGGUUGAGUGUUUGUAUACCCAUUGUUGUUUUCGUUGGGGUUCACCUUCACAUCGCGCCAGGCGCGCUCACCCUUGUGCGAUCGCACGACAUCAUACCCUUACGUAUUUCAGAUAUCAACGAGUAUUUGAGUAGUCCAUAAGGAGACACCCCCAACACCACCCACAUUUCCCCAAGACAGUGAAUUCUUUCACUACCGACUACCUUCCCCUCAUAAAGCAAAGAAAUGCCAUACGGUACCGAGCCUGUGAGAGAGCAAAAGCUCCAGGAGAGCCUCCUAACUCUUUUCAGGGCGGAAGCGUUGGCCAGGGGUAUCGAAGAACCCAUAGGCCACGAGCAAGUUAAGUCCUGGCUAAGGUUCGUCGUGCCCGAGAUUGAGGGGGCCUUCGGUGUCCCGGUAUACACAGCUCAGGAGGAGAUGCUCGCGAGGGCGCUCGACGAGAUAAGAAGAAUAUUUUCCCAGUUGGGGGAAAGCCCUGAUAAGGUUCUCGGGUACGUUUUUACAGGUAAAAGGGGUGGGAGCAGGGCUCAAUAAUGCGCUCGGUGGUAUCAGGGGCACCCUGCGGAACCUAGGUAUCGGUCUGGAGGGCAUUAUCCGUAACAUUCCGGCAGAGCAAUGUUAUGAAUGGCAUUGGUCCGUCUUUUAAUUGUUAUUAUUUCUAGGAGGAGGAGGAAGUUUCUCAAUUUGACACACAUUUUGAUGUUUCCAUUUUAGUGUCUUUCACUUUUACUCAUGCAGGGGCUCCGGUAUCCCCCAGACUCUUUUGUUUUACCUCAAUUUGCCUGUUUUGCCUUCCGGUUUGCGCAUCAGGCCAUUCCAAUCGUUUAUCUACUUGUACGGUACAGUACCUGGACGUUGAAAUCCUAAUUCUGCUCUAGAGUCCUUGGCAAAGAGUCCUUCGAACUCGCUGCGCAAAGGCUCAUGAUCUGCGGUGCGGGUUACCUUAGACUAGUUUCCUAACGGGUGAGAUGAAGUCUCUGUUGGGGAGUCUUUCUUUUCCUUCUUUUUUUUCCCCCAUUGAGUGGGUAGGUGUUGUGUUUUAGCCAAGUACU